GAGAAAGGAAAGGGAGGGACAAGAAGAAGGGAAAAAAAAAAAACACAACUGCAUGUCAAGUCUGAGGAAAUGCUGUGGGAACUACAGCCAGGCGCUAUUUUUUUUUUUUUUCUCUCUCUCUUCUUCUCUUUUCUCCCCUCGUGUAGCUGAGAGGAAGGAAAGGAAGAACGAGAAGUAGCUAGCGCAAAUGUGCCUCGCUCUGCUGCUGGGGCGUGGGGGCUCGGCUGGAAGGAUCUAGUUUCUCUUUGGUGGCAGGAAAAGAAGCCACAGGAGGAGGCAGAGACGGACACCCAGACAUGCCUGUCCCGUCAGGCUGCUGGCUCCUUCUCCUUUCCCUCACUGCUGCUGGCAAACAGUUGUCACUACAAAUCACUCCACCGUGUGAAAGCGAACAACACUAUGAAUACUCUGGACGGUGCUGCACAAAGUGUGAGCCAGGAAAAUAUAUGUCUGCUAGAUGCACUGAUACUUCUGAUAGUGUGUGCCAACCGUGUGGCCCAAACGAGUAUAUGGAUGUCUGGAAUGAAGAAGAUAAAUGCUUACUACAUAAAAUAUGUGAUCAAGGGAAAGCUUUGAGAGAAGUGAACCCUGGGAACAGCACAUUCCAGCGUCAGUGUGCUUGCACGAUGGGCUACCACUGGAAUGAAGACUGUGACUGCUGUCAACGAAAUACUGUGUGUGCUCCAGGGUUCGGAGUUGAGCAUCCUGUGCAACAAGACAAGGACACAAUGUGCAUACCAUGUCCCAGAGGCUACUUCUCAAAGGUCGCUUCAUCCACCGACGAGUGUAAAUCCUGGACCAACUGUACAGCUCUAGGAAUGGCAGAAAAUGUGCCUGGAACUGACAAGUCAGAUGCAGUUUGCGCAGAACGGAAGAUGCCUGAGCCAUCAGAAGAUGGAGCAAACAGGAUCUUAUACGUGUUGAUUGUCAUCUUGUUUUUUGUGGCACUAAUUGGCAUUGUCAUCUUCAUCGUAUACUACAAGAAUAAGGGAAAAAAGCUGACAGCAGAUCUACAGAAUUGGGCUAACGAAGUGUGCAGCCAAAUAAAAGGAACAAAGGAGCCCCCCAGAGAUGCUUUUGUUACCGUGAACAUCACAAAUGCUGCUGUCCCUGAAGUCAUGGGUCUCCUGGGCCCCACUGGCUCGCCUGCCCCUGGAAACUCGUGCUGCACCAGUGGUCACGCUCCUUGCAGGAACGGGAGCCCCAGCACAGCACCGUGUGAGGCAGGAGGGAACCUCGAAGGGUUUUCUGUGGUAACUGAGACUGAUGAUGACCACUUCCCACCAGUUCCCAUGGAAGAUGAAUACAUGGAUAAGGAUCUCAAUACUGCUGAUUCUUUAUUGAGUCGGACUGCCAGUAAAACCAUUUCAUCAUUUUCAGAACCAAUGGAGGCAGGGGAGAAUGACAGCCUAAAUCAGUAUUUUUCAGGGAUUGGGAGCACAGAGGACAUAUCAGUCUCUCAAGGCUUUCACCCUUCCUCCAGCACAGAUGGGGCACACCCCACCAUGGACAAACUUCUUCAGAAAUCUUGCCAACAUGCCCACAGUUGCCUGAAGGAAACAGGCAACAAAGACACAGAUAAUUUUGCAACAAACUAUGACUUGGAGAAGAUCUGUGUGAGGUGUGGCAUUUCGUACAGGGAAUCUCCCAGAAAGUGGAGCAAACCCUGUUGUGCUGUGGCUGACAGUGCUUCCACCUCCCCAGAGACUGGAUCCUAUGCACAGUGCACGUGUGGCUUGAAUUUUCUCUCUGCGGGUCAGAGCACUCUAGCAAGUGAUCAUAGUAUGGAAGAUGCAUCUUCAGAUAGUUCCAACAUGAAGUACCAGAACACAAACAGAAGCACUUCAGGGACAAGCAGCAGCACUUCAGACUUUCCUCCAGCAUCUGGAAAUGUGACUGGAAACAGUAACUCCACCUUUAUCUCAAGUGGACAAGUAAUGAAUUUCAAGGGCGACAUCAUUGUUGUCUACCUUAGCCAAAACUCCCAGGAGGGGGCCACGGCCUCGGGGCUGAGCGAGGAGAACGUGGGCAGCCCGGUGCAGGAGGAGAACCUCAGCCGCUGUGAGACCUUUGCUGGCAACACCCAGCACUACAAGGAGAAGUGUGCGGAGCUGCAGGGUGCCUGCCCGCUGGCGGGGAGCGGGGCACCGCGGUGGCCUGCCAGACCCCUGGCCCAGGAGCAGGGCUCACCCUGCUGUGCCCAGGCCUCGCAGCCAGUGCAGGAGGAAGGGAAGCUGGGACACUUCUCAGAGAAAGUGUUGAACUGAGGCGAGCCGGUGUCCUUGCUGCGGGCCGGGGCGCCGACAGGCAGCCUGCGAGGAGGCCUGGGGCGGCUGUGGGACUCUUGAAGUCGCAGGUGUCGUGACAAAUUCAGAGACUGUUGCUGUCCCUGGUUGUCUCUGGGGAAAUUUUACAGCUGGAAAGGACCCUUGUGGCACACAUGCUGGUGGUGGUGCUCUCACUGAGGAGGUUACUGGUGGGGAGAGGCGCAUGUGUGAGGCCGGGUGUGCUGCCCCCAUCGCAGAAGCAGCGGCAGGGCUCUCUCCUCUCGCUCACGGGGCAGUGGGCUCCCCACCUGCCCCCCACUCCCUGGCACCUCUCCCCAGCAAGCCGCAGAGGAGAGCUGAGGAAGUCCUUCAGGCUGGGGACUUUGUGAGGAGGAGAGCAUUGCUGCUGGGUGUGCAGGGUGCUCCCAGAGAGGGAACAACAUGGCGGAGGACCACACUGAGAGGGGGACCCCUGAGCUCUGCCUUGGGGGUUUCCUUUUGUGACUAAGCUGCACCCAUUUUGCUGGGUCUUGGGCUUCCUCAGUGCCUCUGGUGGUGGAAGGGAUGGAAGGAAAGGUAAUGGAAGGAAGUGGUGCCACCUCUGCUGCUGAGCUUAGUGCCACUGCCGACCUUUGCCUCCCUGUGGUGAUCAGGCAGGUGGCACCAGCCCUUCCCAUCUUUCCCCAAGUGAGCAGACACUCCAGUCUCAAACCAGCACCAGACUAAAGAUCCUGGUCUGCCCCUUAUUAGCUUAUGGGUAUGAACAGGUGUAAUGGUGCUCCAAGCACACAAUAACAGGCAAAAUAAAGCUGAUAUGCCUUAAAAGCAUAUCAGAUUAAUCCUGAGCAAACAGCAUUUAUUGUUUUGGACCCUGAUUCACCUCUGCCUUAUUGCACCUCACUAGAGAAGGUCAAACCUCUUAAGAUGAGUGACAUGUGCCCAGCAUGCUGCUGCACGAAUAACGUCACUGAAAUUUAAGACGCAGAGCUGCUAGCAGGUAGAGGAAGAGUCUAUGAUAACCCACUGUGGACGUUUCCUGAGUGACAGGUGAGGGAGGGGUUACCCAAAGAUGGAGAACGUGGUCAGGGUCAAACACAUACAUGUUCCUUCACCUGCCCAAACAAUUUUGUCAUUCCCUUCAAUAUUUUCAUUAGUAAGAAGAGCUUUACUUAGGUAGCAUGAAGCUAUUUCCAGAGCUCGGCCUGUCUGAGCUGAAAUCAAAGUGUAGCCACUGUCACGCUGAGAGCUGAUAAGCAAUGGGACCAAAGGUUCAGAUUUAAAGAAUGAUGGUAGCUGUAGUUAGAAGGGAGUCUCAGCUAUUCAGCUGGCUUUGGUUCAGGUCACAUACCCUGCAGACUCCUCCAGUAGUCACUGCGGAAAGAAAGGUGAAGGGAACAGAAUCUCAAGCAACUCCCAAGAGGAAAAGAUAAUAUUUUAAAUGAUUUCUUGACAAGGGGUAAUUUUCUGACAUUCUCCUGCACAUGUGAGCACUGCAGGAGGCUAUCUUCAGUCUGAGCCUUCAGGAGGGUCAGUGCUGUGUUACCUGCCAGACAGCAAAGGGAUCUCUUAUCUAGUGUGAUCUCAUCUGUCCAGAUGGAAAAGGUCUCUGGCAGGGAGGGCUCCUCCCUGCGGAGGUUUUAAAGCUGAGGGGUUCACUGUGUAGCUACUCUGUUUGCAACAGUAAUGCUGUGUGGGUGAAGAGCACCUAUAAAGCUGACAAGGUGACCACUGUGUCAUGAUGAGCUUCUCAUCCACAAAACAAAAGAAUGGGCUUAGCCACCUUCACCUCUCAGGAGAAUAAUUCUGCUUUAUUUAUAUUCUGUGAUGUAAAGUACAGUACAAACGUGCAAGACUCUCUUUUGAGUGCCUGGCAUAAAGGGUGCAUGAACAGCCAGUCUCCAUUUCACCUUUGCAUAGCCUUCAGAAAACUAGACCAUCCUAACCUAGACUCAUCCAGGCAGGCAGGUGGUCCCAUUCAGUGACAGCCCAAGCUACCUCUGCCUCUUUGAAGGUGUGUAACUGAGGAUCUCUUAUCUGUGGUAUUUUGUCGUUCCUGCUCCUGUCCUUUACAACCUCUUUCCAGCCUCUUCUGGCCUAUUUCUCUAUCCUCUAGACAUUGGUGCAAUAGGGACAAGGAAGCAGAGCCACCAUCACCUUCAUGCAAGGUGGUGCAGAUAUUUUCUCCCUUCAUCUUCAUUUUUUCAGUCAUAUUUUCUUGGAAAGCAUUCAACUAGGACCUCAGCCCCACUGGGGAGCAUUCAACAGCCCCAUUUACAAGGCAGGAGGAACUGAAUUUUUAUGCUUAGCUCUGAGUAAAUACCUGUCUGCCAGUCUGCUGUUUUCUCCUUCUCCUUCUGCAGCUUCUUUCUUUCCAUGAUUUGUGUCCGCCACCAGAGAGCAGACUUAAAAUCCUGAUUUCAGAGAAGACAAUGGACAUUUACUAUGUGUCCUCAGUAAGGACACGCUUUUCACUUUCUGAAUUUCAGGAUCCUACUGAGAAAAGAUUGAAACUAGAAUCAUCAGCAAGCGUGAAGAAAUGGGUCAUAAUGAUCUCAGUGCUGUGGCUGCUCCCUCAUGGGAAAUGCGAUGCACCAGCAGAUGAGAUUCUUUUCCUUCCUCCAGAAUCUACCCAAAAGCAAAGAAACCAUAUCACAUUCAUCAGCAUGCUGCAUGUUCCCUGGGUCUGUGCCCAGCUGCUCAGACAUGAACCCCAAAGGGACUUCUUUAUUCUCAUGAUUUCAUUUGUCAUCAGUUUGGAGCUGGGGCUGGUUUUUUUUAACAUCUGUUUGUACAACAGGGCCCUGUGCAUUGGGCACUAAUUUGGAGGCUUCUGGCUGCUAUUGUAUUACACAUAAUUAAUGAUAAUAAAAGUCUUAAAGAUCUACUUAAGAAAAAGUGAAGAUUUUAUUUGAAUUAACAGAGAAAAUCAAAUACAUUAUUGUAUGCCUAUACUUACUUUGACCAAAAAAAUAAUCAAAUGUGAAUAUAAAGACAUUCCUGGUUAGGCUUUUGUAACAUUUUUUAUAUGUAGAAUUGUUUUAACAAAAAGUGCUUCUCUUCCUCAGUAUGCCACAAUAAUGCACAAGCACCUUCACAUGCACGCAUGGAACCGAACAGGAACAAUCAUAGAUCCGGUGUGGUCAUGCUUUACUGCUGAGAACUGGGCAUUGAUUCCAAUUCAUUCCUGAAGUCUCCUCCUGCACAGUAUGUGCUUUUACAAGUCUUUCAGCCUAAGGAAUCACAACAUGCUUUACUCAUGACGUAUAUACUAGGUGCUUUUGAAACUCAGCUACUUCAAGGCCGGGAGGACAGCAGUAAUUCUGCAUAUAACCACAGAAAAAUGAGGAGCAAUUUUUUGCACAAGGGCACUGGAGCAGCCUUUCCUAUCCCCAUGGAAAACAAUAUGGCAUUAAAAACCAAUAUAGACAAUAACUGCUGUUAAUCUGUGUACUUUGUUACAUGUUCACACAGAGACUGGAAAUCACCAUGCAAAGCAUACAGCAUACCUGGGAAUAGCAUCACUUUAAAAUGUCAUAAUUUCUACUUGUCCAUUCGGGUUCCCUUCCUUUUAUCAUAUCAAUGGUAUCUAAGCAAUUAUACCCCUGUGUCUAUUAUAAAACAGAACCCUGCCAAAGGAUGUCUUUGUGCUAAUCAGGUAUUUUAUACAUAGAUAUAUAUGUCUCCAUUCAAAUUAGGCAACAGUGCCCCCUCACCACCACUGUUAAAAACCAUCUACAGCUGUCAGAUACUUCACUUCUGCCAGCACAUGAUACUGGACAUGGUAAAACGGCUGCAAAUUCUUCAUGUUUAGAAGUUAUUUCUGGAGUAUGUAAUAUAUACUAUUAAUAGACACUUAAUAACAGUCACUGGAAAAUUGGAAGUAUAUUUAAGUUGUCUGGGGUUUCUUGCAAGGAAUGCUGAAUGACUCCAAACCUCAUAAGCUAUUUUUUCAAACCUCCUUCCAAAUGGCUGUUGCCUUUUUCAGUCCAUCAGGAAUACUUUGAUGCUGACCUGAAAGCGACGUGGUAGGGCAACACGCUGGCAGCACUGCUUUACAGCACUCUGUCUUGGAGAUGCGGGUACCCAAGAGCUCUGCCUGGCGAUAUUUGACCUGUGAGGAUUCCCAGCCCCUGCUCCCCACAACGCUAAAAGCCAACAAUUCAUGUUCACCUUGGCUGAGUUGCAGUGCUAUCUCUGGAAAAAUCAAACUGGUAAUUUUGUGGCAGUCCCAGUCACUGCUGAAGCCAGGGGCAUGCGAUCCUAGGUGCUGAUGGGAAUGAGUCCCAUUUCAGACAGGAAGAUUGUCAUGAAAUGUGUUUCUCCUCUUUUCCUCUUGCCUGGUGCUAUCCUGAUUUCCAGAAUGAAGAGUGAUUCCUACUAUACAAUAAAGGUUUUCUCUCAGA